AUGACAAAGGCUUUGCGAACUGACUUUUUUCGUCUUGUCGACCGGUUAUUUUGCUUCUGCACCCGUCCCAUUGCCCUUAAAGUCAUGUUAGACACACUUGGUCUGCGAAACUUUUGGUUCUACAACGCAAAGAGCAAAAGUGCACUCACCGAGGGCUUGCGGACCAAGCCUGUUCAUUCUGACCGAAAUGAGACAGUCCCGGUGACUUUUCUCUUUCAUUCGAGGCAGCUGGAGACAUUGUGUGAUUACACUCUGUACGUGUAA